AUGAACAAGGGUAUGGACUACGAGAUCAUUGCCGAAUCAGAGGCGAAGCGGAGGAAGAUCCGCAAAGGGACCAAGAGUUGCUGGGAGUGCAAAAAGCGCAAGAUGAAAUGUGUGUAUGCAGACCCCAGCUCUCCAGUCGACACCGAAGCCAUCUGCAUUGGCUGCCAGCGGCGAGAGUCCAAAUGCGUGAGCCAAGAGUUUGAAUUUGUUGAUGGAAGAGAGAACGCAGGACAUCUCGAGAGGAAGGGACGACAUCACGCGAGCGGCAAAGAUAACAAUCGUGUUGCAAGGGUCGAAGAAUUGCUUGAGCAACUGAUUAGGAAAUUGGACCGUCAUAGGGGAGUAGGAAUACCCGAAACUAGCGAAAUUCCGACACCUAGCCAUGGAAUCCCUACUCUAGAUAUUGCAUCAACAGACCAAGAAUCUCCACGUUUCUUAUCUUUAUGCAAGCUUUCGGAUCACCUCCACCCUAAUUUUCUUGGGGUGAUAAACGGUUUGCCGGAAUCACUUCCCGCUCUGGUGGAACGAUUAGCAGGAACUGUUAUUAAUUUGGUCACAACAAACGACGAGUUUUCUGGCAGCAUUGAAGGACUGGAGUGUGUUAUGAUGGAAAGCAUGUACUACCAUAAUGGUGGAAAUCUACGACGAAGCUGGAUAGCGAACCGGAGGGCUAUGGCUAUUGCGCAAAUGAUGAGUCUCCACCAAAGUCAAAGCCGAGCAAAGUACAAGGUCCUCGACCAGAAAACAAAACCUCAUCCACAGUUCAUGUGGUUUCGAAUUGUCUCGCUCGACCGUAAUCUAUGUCUCAUGCUGGGUCUUACGCAAGGCUCUCUUGAUCAGAGCAUGGCUACUGGCACAGGAUUCAGAGAUGACAUCCCUAUGGGCCGCCUCGAGCGGAUGCACUGUACUCUCGCGUCUCGCAUAUUGGAGCGCAACGAGUCUGACUCGUGCGCUAGUGACUUUUCUCUGACACAAAGCCUCGACUUGGAGCUACAGAAAGCGGGUAGAAGUAUGCCUAGCAAAUGGUGGCUUAUGCCAAACCUAGACAGUGUCGCAGAUGACCCAAAAGCUCUCUUUUUUGAUAUGGGACGGCUUUUCAAUCAGUUGUAUCAUUAUAACUUGCUCAAUCAGCUUCAUCUGCCUUACAUGCUUCGUUCAUCACCUGAACGGAAGUACGAAUAUUCCAAAAUGACCUGCGUGAAUUCCUCAAGGGAGAUUCUCUUGCGAUUUAUCAUGUUUCGUGGUUACAACAGGAAUAAUUUCUGCUGUCGGACAGUUGACUUUUUUGCACUCAUGGCUGCCAUUACACUACUUUUGGCGCAUCUCGACAGCCACCGUUUUUCAAAGACCAGCAACCUCUUAGCGCACCAAUAUCUUGGUGAUCGUGCCAUGAUAGAGCAGGCGCAGGUGAACAUGGAGCAAAUUAGUCGUCUUAACGGGGAUACUUUAAGUGCCCAAAGUGCGGACUUAUUGCAUAAGUUGCUGGCCAUCGAUUCCAAAACAGCAGAUGGCAUCAGCACGGAGAGUGUCAGCGUUCAGACCCCAGAAAGUGCAGUGUUGCAGUCAAGCAAAAACGACAACGGCGUUGUUCGGGUGCAAAUACCUUACUUUGGCAUCGUUAGGAUUGCGAGUCAGGGCGUUGUUUCCAGGGAAAUUACCAACGCACAACCUCCCUCGAGUAAUAGCCAACACUACGCUCCGGUGGUUGGUAUGCAUAACACCGAGAUCUCGGAAGCUGCAGUGCGUGAUCUUGGCUCUGGUUGCUUCGAUGGAAAUGCAUUUCCUAGGUCAAUGGCCGAAGCGGGUUACAGCUCUGUCGAUAGUGUGCAUGGUCUGCCUGCGCAGCUCACAUCGCGAUAUCAGGAUACCGUUUCUGAUACCCCCCUGCAGAACUAUCAGGAUCCAGGGCUAACUGCCGGGGUGGACGACUGGGCAUUUCAGGGUGUCGAUAUGGCUUUCUUUGACAGCAUAAUGAGAGGCCUAGAUAAUGGAAAUAGUUUAGAAACCUGGGAUCAUAGCUCUUGA